AAAGUUGGCAUCAUUUCCAAUUAACAUGUAUUUUUUAAGGAUCCGGUAGUUUUGUUAUUUGUUUUCGUGUUUUUUAUUCCUAGAGAUGAAUUAAAAUUAAUCUGUUGAUUUAAAAAGAUUUUUGGAUGUUUCUUUAAUUAAGUUUUUACGGCUAUACUUUAUAAUUUCCAAGACUUCAUACGAUUUGUAAUUGUUACUGAUUAGUCACCAUAUAAGGAUGGUAAACAACAAAUCAAAACAUCCAAAUUAUUCAUUUUUAUUGAGCAUUUAGACUUCUAGGUGUUGAUAGUUUCAGAAUGGGUCCGAAAAAUGGGAAAAAAGAAGUUAGAAUUUUGCUUGUGGGUGAUCCUGGUGUAGGAAAGACUUCUCUAAUUUUGUCUCUUGUGAGUGAAGAAUUUCCUGAAGAUGUUCCACCAAGAGCAGAAGAAAUCACAAUACCAGCUGAUGUUACCCCAGAGAAGGUUCCUACUAAUAUUGUGGAUUACUCUGCUCAAGAGCAAACCGAGGAGUCCCUCAUCACGGAAAUUCAUAGGGCAAAUGUUAUCUGUGUUGUGUAUGCUGUGGAUGACGAUGAUACCAUUGACAGGAUAACUUCCCAUUGGUUGCCUUUUAUUCAAGAACAGCUUGGUGAACAUCAUCUUAUUCCUAUAGUGCUAGUAGGAAAUAAAAUAGAUUUAGUAGACUAUAGUUCUUUAGAGAUUAUUCUUCCUAUAAUGAAUCAGUAUGCUGAAAUAGAAUCAUGUGUGGAAUGUUCUGCAAAGACUUUGAGGAACAUUUCAGAAUUAUUUUAUUACGCACAAAAAGCUGUUUUACAUCCAACUACUCCACUGUAUGUUACAGAAACUAGAGAUCUUACAGAGAAGUGCAAAAAAGCUUUGACUAGAAUUUUUAAGAUUUGUGAUUAUGACAAUGAUGGGAUUCUUAGUGAUUACGAACUAAAUCAAUUUCAAAGACGUUGUUUUGGUACUCCCUUGCAACCUCAUGCCUUGGAUGAUGUCAAAUGUGUUGUUGGAAAAAACACAACGGAUGGCAUUAAAAAUGAUGGUCUGACAUUAAGUGGUUUUCUUUUCCUGCACAUUUUGUUUAUUCAAAGAGGUCGACAUGAAACAACUUGGACCGUGUUAAGGAAGUUCGGUUAUGAUGACAAUAUUAACCUUUCAAGAGAAUAUUUGUGCCCUAGGUUGGUGGUUCCUCCUGGAUGCACUACAGAGCUCAGUCAUCAAGGUUACCAUUUUUUAACAACAUUAUUCGAAAAAUAUGACCAGGACAAAGAUGGAUGCCUAUCUCCAGAAGAGGUUUCAGAUCUUUUUAGUACAUGUCCAGUGAUUGCUUGGGGACCUGAAAUUGUGAAUGUUGUACCAACCAAUGAUGUUGGUUGGAUUACUCUGCAAGGGUACCUGGCACAGUGGACGCUAAUUGCAGCUAUUGAUGUGAAUAGAUUAAUGGAAUUUUUAGCUUACUUAGGAUAUAUUGCAAAUGCUGAUGAGAAUCAAUUAUCUGCCAUAAUAGUUACUCGUGAGAAAAAACUUGACCUUCAACGGAGGCAGACCAGCAGAAAUGUGUUUCACUGCCAAGUGGUUGGACCUCAAGGUGCUGGAAAGACAUCUUUUAUGCAAGGCUUCAUUGGUAAGACGCUUCAGUUGCAGGCAUCCAUUAAUAAAGCUGAGCUCACUCCCUAUACAAUAAAUUCAUUGCAAGUAUAUGGACAAGAAAAAUAUGUUCUUAUGCACGAAGUAGACAUAUUUGGCAUGAAUGACACAUUGACUCCUCCGGAACUCUAUUGUGAUGUUGUAUGCUUGAUGUAUGAUGCUAGUCACUGCCGUUCAUUUGAGUAUGUUGCUAGAAUAUUUAUGAAAUAUUUUGCUGAUAGUAAAGUUCCAGUUUUAGUUGUUGGAUCAAAGUGUGAUCUGCCCACAGCUGUACAAGACUAUGGAAUGCAACCUUUGCAAUUCUGUGCAAGACACAAACUUCCACCCCUACAAGCAUUUACAGCCAAUGGUGCUAUUCGCAAAGAUGCAUAUAUUAAGCUUGCCACUAUGGCUGCAUAUCCUGUCUACAAACCUGCUUGGAAGCUGUUGUGUCAGUCAAGGCACUUGCCGAUGGCACAAGACUCGACAAUGUGGGUGAAAGCUGGACUUGGAAUGGCCGCAGUUGCCUUUAUCAGUUUAUUUCUUGUUAAAAUCAUAAAAGCAGCAUCAGAUAAUAGGUAGCAGCGGAUGUAACCUUAAAAUGGCUGAAGUUAAACCUGCAUGACUUGAAAACUUGUCACAUAAGUUUUAGAGUGGACUCUUAACGUUUGGAAGGUUUUUUUCUUUCUUUUUUCAGGCUGUGAUGUGAAUGCCUGAAAUUUGGACUUUGAGGGGUGUAACUGUGAAAAGGAAAUAAAUUAGAAUGUCUGUCCUGUAUUUAUUUAUUGUAGGCGUCAACUCUAGGCGAUGAAUUCGGUGGCUUGUAAAUAUGAGGCAUUGUUUAAAAAAAAUCACUGAAAAAUGUUAAGCUGUAAACAUUUAAUACCAUGGUGUUCAAUUUGCAGUCUUUUUUUAUUGCUGUUCAAUGCUGCCAAUUUUUUUAAAUGCUGCCAAAAUAUUUGCAAUCUUAAGACAUAAAAAAUUAUUGCAUUGUUGAAGAAAUUUUUUUUUAAUAACCUUAUUGCCGGAAAAGCUACAUAUCACUUGUGAAAUGUAUCUUUGCAAUACAAAUUUGCUUAAAGAGCGCAUACAUUAAUUAUCAUUUUACCUGAGUUAAUUUUAGUUUUUAAUCUUUUCACUAUUAGUUUAAACUUAAUACCCUUCAAUAAAUUUAAAUGUUUUUUUUUCUUCUUCAUAUAUCUAGGGAUAGAAAUUAAGAAAAUUUAGUCACUGGUUUGUGGACCCGUGACUAAAAGAUAUUACUAAUUUAAACACAUUUUCACUGAUCACUUUGCAUGUCUGUAUUAGAUUAUUUGUCUAAAAAAAUUAAAUUAAGUGAAUUUAAAUGAAAAAUUACAGUAAGGAGAAUGUGUAAUAAUCUACUUUGUGACAAUAAAAAAGACCAAACCAGCGUACCAUUCCCUUGCAUUGAUUGCUGGUUCGGGGACCA